GUCCAUUUCACAUUACAUAAAAAACCCUAGCUACAUAUACCAACCUUCUCUUUUGCUCGUGAGACCAGAAAACAAAGGACAAAGCUGCCUGCCGAUCUCACGCCAUGCCAUCACACAAGACUUUCAUGAUCAAGAAGAAGCUGGGGAAGAAGAUGAGGCAAAACAGGCCCAUUCCUCACUGGAUUCGCUUGAGGACUGACAAUACCAUCCGGUACAACGCCAAGCGCAGGCACUGGCGCAGAACCAAGCUUGGAUUCUGAGAUGCUGUUGCAGUUUGUCAAAUCCAACCAAGAUUUGAAGCUUUAUGUUCUACUAUUGUAUUAGCUUAAGUUAGUGGAUUUUUGUGUUGUCUGACUCUGGCUUCCUCUUUUCCAAUUAGAUAUGCAUUUCAUGUGCUACUUAAAAGUUUGGAUGAUGUUUUCAUUAUGUUGUUGAUGUAGUGAUCAAAUAUAAUUUAGAGAAAUUGUCACAAA